AUGGUGCUCUGGAGUCUGGUGCUGGGAGCCCUGCUGGUGGCCAUUGUGGGAUCCCUGUGUCUGCCAGGGUUGCUCCGACAGCGCCAGCCCCAGGAACCCCCACUGGACAAGGGCCCUGUGCCCUGGCUGGGCCAUGCCAUGGCUUUCCGGAAAAACAUGUUUGAAUUCCUGAAAAGAAUGCGGGCCAAGCACGGGGAUGUGUUCACCGUGCUACUGGGCGGUCAGUAUUUCACCUUUAUCAUGGACCCCUUCUCCUUCGGUAAUAUUGUCAAGGAUACUUACAAAAAACUAGAUUUUACUGAAUAUGCCCAACAACUAGUGCUGAAAGUAUUUGGGUAUCAGUCAGUCCAGGGGGACCACCGGAUGCUACAUUCAGCCAGCACUAAGCACCUGAUGGGAACUGGGUUGGAAGAGCUCAACACUGCCUUGCUGGACAGCCUGUCCAUGGUAAUCCUGGGACCCAAGGGCCGCAGCCCAGAGGAGCCCAGCUGGCAGGAGGAUGGCCUCUUUCACUUUUGUUACAACAACUUGUUCAAAGCCGGCUACCUGAGCUUGUUCGGUUACACAGAGGACAAGGACCAGGACCUGGUCCAGGCAGAGGAGAUAUUUGUAGAGUUCCGGAAAUUUGAUCGCCUCUUCCCCAGGUUUGUCUACUCCCUGCUGGGGCCCUGCGAGUGGCAAGAAGUGAGCCGGAUCCAGCGUCUCUUCCAGGAAGUGCUCUCCGUGAAACACAACCUGAAGAAGGAUGGCAUCAGCGGCUGGCUCUCCUACAUGCUUCAGUUUCUGAGGGAGCAGGAUGUGGCCCCAGCCAUGCAGGACAAGUUCAACUUCAUGAUGCUCUGGGCCUCCCAGGGCAACACGGGACCGGCCUCGUUCUGGGCCCUCUUCUUCCUCCUGAAGCACCCAGACGCCCUGCAGGCUGUGAGGAAGGAAGCCACCACGAUCCUGGGGGAGGCCAGGCUGGAGGCCAGGCAGUCCUUCAGCUGUGACUGCAGUCUCCUGAAACACACCGCGGUGCUGGACAGCGUGAUGGAGGAGUCGCUGCGCCUGGCCGCGUCCCCCACCCUCAUCCGGGCAGUUCAAGGUGACUUUAGCCUGAAGAUGGCCAGUGGGCGGGAGUACCUGCUCCGCCAAGGGGAUAAAGUGGCCAUCUUCCCCUACCUCUCAGUGCAGAUAGACCCUGACAUCCACCCUGACCCUAUGGCCUUCAAGUAUGACCGCUUCCUCAACCCGGAUGGCAGCCGGAAGGUGGACUUCUACAAGGGAGGCAAAAAGAUUCCCUACUACACCAUGCCUUGGGGCGCAGGCGUCUCCAUCUGCCCAGGCAGGUUCUUCGCCCUCAGCGAGAUGAAGCUCUUCAUCCUGCUCAUGGUCUCCUACUUUGACCUGGAGUUGCUGGACCCGGACACCCCUGUGCCGCCUGUGGACCCUCAGCGCUGGGGUUUCGGCACCACUCAGCCCAGCUAUGAUGUGCCUUUCCGCUUCCGACUGCGGCCUGCUGUGUGA